CGCGGUAAAACGAUAUUCCGGUUUGUAGGAGGGCAGCAGCAUGGAAUCCGACGGCACCAUGGCGAACGUUAACGGGCGAGAGAUCGUGUCCCUGAACGGGGAGCCGGUAGUCAAGCGGCCCCGGGAAAGCAGCCAGCAGGAUUCCCAGAACAAAGUGACCGUUGUGCUCGGGGCGCAGUGGGGCGACGAGGGCAAAGGAAAAGUUGUGGACUUGCUCGCAAUGGAUGCGGAUAUUGUUUGCAGGUGUCAGGGGGGCAACAAUGCAGGUCACACGGUGGUUGUGGACUCGGUGGAGUAUGACUUCCACCUGCUGCCCAGUGGAGUGCUCAACAAAAAAGCGGUCUCCUUCAUCGGUAACGGAGUGGUGAUACACCUGCCUGGUCUGUUUGAGGAGGCUGAAAAGAACCUGCAGAAAGGCAAAGGAUUACAAGGAUGGGAGGAGCGAUUAAAGAUUUCUGAUCGUGCCCACAUUGUGUUCAACUUCCACCAAGCUGUUGAUGGGAUCCAGGAGCAGCAGCGGCAGCAACAAGAAGGGAAAAUUUUGGGAACGACUAAAAAGGGCAUCGGACCUGCGUACUCCUCCAAAGCUGCUCGGAACGGUCUGCGAGUCUGUGACCUUGUCUCAGAUUUCAAGGUUUUUGAGGACAAGUUUCGUAUGUUGGCAGAACAUUUCCUGACCAUGUAUCCAAACCUCAACGUCAAUGUCGACAGUGAACUGGAGCAGCUGAAGGGAUAUGCUGAGAGGCUGCGCCCUCUGGUGACUGAUGGUGUGUACUUCAUGCACAAAGCUCUGACUGGACCCAGUAAGAAGAUCCUGGUGGAGGGAGCCAACGCUGCUCUCCUGGAUAUUGACUUUGGGACGUAUCCCUUCGUGACGUCCUCUAACUGCACUGUGGGAGGAGUCUGCACCGGCCUCGGCGUGCCUCCGUCAUACGUCGGCCGAGUAUACGGUGUCGUCAAAGCGUACACCACCCGGGUGGGUGUUGGUGCUUUCCCUACAGAGCAGGACAAUGAGAUCGGAGCGCUGUUACAGUCCAGAGGGAGGGAGUUUGGCGUGACGACGGGCAGGAAGAGGCGCUGUGGUUGGCUGGACCUGAUUCUGGUCAGAUACGCCCACAUGGUCAAUGGCUUCUCUGCAAUUGCCCUGACGAAGUUGGACAUUUUGGACACGCUACCUGAGAUUAAAGUGGGUGUGGCCUAUAAAGUCGAUGGACAACCUCUACCAAGUUUCCCCGCAAACAUGGACGUCUUGACGCGGGUGUCGGUUGAGUACAAGACGCUGCCCGGCUGGUGCUGCAGCACUGAGGCGGCUCGGAGCUUCGAGCAGCUGCCGCCCGAGGCGCAGAGUUACAUUCGCUUCAUUGAGAACUUCCUGCAAGUGCCAGUGAAGUGGGUUGGAGUCGGCAAGUCCAGAGAGAGCAUGAUCAAACUUCAGGUUUGACAGGAAGACCGGAGGAGUUUAAAAUUCAGACUCUAUCCUAAAGGAAAUACUUCACCAGCAAGGCUAUUUGUGAAACUCUUAGUUGCUGCUUCUGCAUCACAUUUACAAUAAUUCCUCAUAGAUAUAAUUUAUGCAUUCCACAGUGUUUUCUAUAUUUAUUAGGAUGAUAAAUUUUAAAACCUGGUGUAAAUGGAUCGAUCAGUCUUUAUUCCAUUCCACAGUAAAGCACACAGUUUAUUUUUUUAGCAUCCGAAGCUAAUUAACCUUAAUUGACAUUCACCAUAUUAGUUUUUUUUUUUUUUUUUACAUAUACUGUAUUUGACCAACAGAUGUAGAAGCCUUGGUGUUAAACAGGAGAUUAUUUUUAGAUUUUGUAAAGAGAUGGUGAAACGAUUGGAAGCCAUCAGCGAUCAGUACGAUUGUGAACUUUUCUAUUGAACAGUUUUAAACCACAAAAACAUGAACGCAUCUCGGUUGUUAAGUUUGUAACAGUAUUUUCAUAAUGAUUGUUGAAUUGAACAUUGUGCUUUUUAAAUACUCGAGCGGAUACAUCAACACUAAGGAGUUUAAAUAAAGCAAUUCUUCAUGAAGGUGAUUAAGUAGAAAUCCACACAGAGACAUCAGUGUUUGUGUAGAUGUAAACGAUGCACCAGACCACAUCUCAAUAUGUUUUCUAUGACAUUCAUUUUGUCAAUAAUGUAAAAGACUCUUAUUCAUCUUGCUGUUAUCAAUAAAAAAAACUGUAACAUUUA